AUGAAGACUUCAACAGUCAUUUCGAUACUCACUGCUACCGAAGCGGCUGGCCUGUUCGCUGGCACCGGAACCGCCUCGCUCAGAGAGGAGGCAGCCAGAAAGAACAUUCUCAUCGGGUCUGGGGCGAUCAAUCCGGACUACCUGGAUGAUCCCCAAUUCGCAGCCGUCCUAUCCAAGCAAUUCAACAGUCUUUCCCCCGAAAACGAGUUGAAGUGGUCGUUCAUCAACCCGGCCGAAGGAGAAUACAAUUGGGACACCAUCGACCGCCUCGUUGACUUCGCAGAGGCCAACGACAUGGUGGUUAAGGGACAUGGGCUCAUCUCGUCUUGCUGCAACCCGAGCUACCUGGUCAACAUCACCGAUCCCACCGAGUUUCGCGCUGCGAUGACGGCGCACUUCGUGGCUGUCAUGCACCGUUAUCACGGCAAGUUGGAUCGAUGGGACGUCGUUACCGAAGCCCUGGAAACCCAGGGUGGCGGCCUGCAAGCCAAUGACUUCUACAACGUUCUCGGGCAAGGAUACAUCGGAGAUGCAUUCCGCAUCGCCCGUGCAGCAGACCCGACUGCCAAACUAUUCAUCAACGAGAAUCUCGUCGAAUCGCUCCCCGAAAAGCGUCAGGAACUCUUCAACCUUAUUGCUGGACUCGUGGCGGACGGCGUCCCGAUCGACGGAGUCGCCCUCCAGAUGCACGUCACCGAAACGGCUCCGGUACCGGGCAUUCUCACAAACAUGGUGGAAUCCUACAAAGCGCUUGGCCUGGAAGUGACAAUCGCCGAGCUAGAUGUCCAUACGUAUAAUGCCUCCCUCCAGGCUGAUAUCUACGGUGCCGUGAUGGACGAAGGUCUAAAGGCAGGAAUCACCGAUAUUAGCUUUUGGGGGUUUACAGAUAAGCACGCCUACACCUGGCUACCGGGCGCGAGCCCGUUGAUGUUUGACGAGAACUACAAGGCAAAGGGGGCAUUUUAUGCAACUCAUGAUGCCUUGGAGAACUUUGUAAACGUCCCUUAG